CACACCUGUUUUACCUAACUCUGCGCCAGUUGUGCCUAAUUCAUAUGAUCCAUUCAGUGCAUGUGAAAAUCACCCAGUCCUGCCAGAGCGACGCAGAAGUGCAGAAACCCAGUUCGAUGGGAGAAGAGGACUCUUUUAUAAUGUACAUAAUCUUGAACAACAUUUUGAAAGACUAAAUGAUAGUGCACAUCAUUCCCCAACUCCCCCACUCAACAAUACCAUUGACUCACUUUCUUGUCAGUCGACCCCCCCCAGCGCUAGUGCAGGAACAGACUUUACGCAAAGAAAAGUUGAAUGCAGAGCUGGCGAAACAGAUAGAAGAGAAGGGUAAAUUAGAAAAGGAGGUAGAUAUGAUGAGGCGGGAAUUGGAAUGGCGCGAACGACAACGGAAGCAGAAUGCAGACAGAAACACGAAGAUGAUAGAGGAUGUGCAGCAAGAAAAUCAGAGAUUACAGUCCGAAUGUUAUGAAAUGGAAAAUAAAAUUUUACGAUUAGCACCUGAAUUGGAACCAGAAUACCCCUUACACGUACCCUCAAAUCUACCCUUCAAUGAAGCCCCACUCAUCCCCCAGCUUACCAUGGGGUUUUCAUCCCUCCGACCAGACCUGCUCUGCCUCCGCCUCUACCUCCGACAUCAGUACCCAAUCAUGGCUACUGCGUAGUCCAGGGAGUGCCAGGAGAUACAGUAGAUGAGGUGGGCCCUAAGUGGGCAUGUACCAAGUGCACCUUCAUCAACCACCCUGACAUGAACAAGUGCGAGAUGUGCGACUACCCACGCUUCACCAUAGGAGAAUUGCAAGAUAUUCAUAUACAAGUUAGGCACCAAAACUUCCAAUCUCCACGGUCACAAGAGUAUCCAGGCUGGGCGAUGGUGUAGGCUUCCCUCUCGCUCCUUGCCCCAGCCCCCUCUCUCGGGUACAAAGUGAGAGACCUUCCUUAGCACUGUUUCUGUGGCAACACUUCCAUGAGAACCUGGGCCUCAUCUUCCAGCCUUAGAAGAUAAAAAUGUGCAGCUUACGUCUUCCAGACUCUCUGUGCUGUGAAAAGCUGUGGGAGCAUGAGAUUUUCUGGCCUUGUGCAUGCAACUGCCAUGGCCCAGAGUGUGUGUACUGUAACGACAAAUUAUGGAUUUUAUAUACACCAUCUCUUGAGGAAAUUGCUCAAUUCCCAGUGAUAAGCGAUACAUUUUACUCUUUAAAAUGCUAUAUAAUCAUACAUUCAAAAUAUAUUUAUUUUGUACUGAACAACCAUGAUAUCUGAAGUCUAUUAUGGCUGUGUGACAGAAUAAUCCUUGGAGUAGAUGAUUUUCAACACUUGUUUUCCCCAUCAAAGUUAUGAAGUUCAGAAUACUACUAAAUGAAGCCAGAUAUGUUCAAAGUCCCUAAAAUCCAGUCUAAGAAAAUGAGAAUAUUCAGUGACUCAUAAAUGCUCAUGCUUGAGAGAAAGAUUUUAUGACACAUAGCACUGCAUGCAUCAGCAUCUCUUACUCUUGCACAGACAGAAGACUUGUGAUCGAAGACUCAAGACACUGAUAGCACAUCAUUUCAUAAAGAGACAAAGGAAAUAGAUAAUCUAAACUCUUUUAAACUUCAGCAUGAGCAGCAGUCACUUUCGUUUCUGUGGAAUUAUGUACAAUAAUCAAGAAGGUUAGAAUAUGGGAAUAAAACCAAUGACUUCCACUGAUUGCAGUGAUUGCUAUAAUUCUGUGCAGCUCUUUGGAAUUUAUUCAGGAUAAAAAAUAUAUAUAUGUUUAUCAAUAGAUUCCAAGUUAUGUCAUGGUUUGGUUGUGAUAUUUGAUGAAUGAUUUCCAUUGCACAUGUAUUGACUUGCUCUAUUGGCAAUAACUGUACUAUAAUUUCUGUAUAUCAUAGAGGAUGAAAGACAGUGGUCUUAUCUACUAUACUGGGAAGUCAAUAGAAGUUAUGUAAUCAAUCCAUUAUGCUGACUAUCAUUCCAUGGGCCAGAGUAGAUUUGCUCUUCUUUUCUUUAAAUAUUGAUG